AUGGCAACUGCAGUAAUUACCGAGACCAAAAAACUCCCGCGACCAGGUCGCGGCGGGUACCAACCUCACGGUCUAACCGAAGAAGAAGCUAGAGUCCGAGCCAUAGCCGAAAUCGUCAAUUCCAUGGUAGACCUUUCACGAAAAAACCAAACCGUCGAUCUUAACGCACUAAAAUCCGCCGCCUGUCGCAAAUACGGUUUAGCACGCGCUCCAAAACUUGUCGAGAUGAUCGCAGCGUUGCCGGACUCCGACCGCGAGUCACUACUACCGAAACUCCGAGCCAAACCGGUACGCACCGCAUCAGGAAUUGCAGUUGUUGCUGUCAUGUCGAAGCCUCACCGGUGUCCGCAUAUCGCGACGACGGGGAAUAUUUGUGUGUAUUGUCCUGGUGGACCGGACUCAGAUUUUGAGUACAGUACGCAGUCGUAUACUGGUUAUGAACCUACUAGUAUGCGUGCGAUUCGAGCUAGAUAUAAUCCAUAUGUCCAAGCUAGAAGCAGGAUUGAUCAGCUUAAGAGACUGGGUCAUAGUGUAGAUAAGGUUGAGUUCAUAUUAAUGGGUGGUACUUUCAUGUCAUUGCCAGCAGAUUACCGUGAUUACUUUGUAAGGAACCUUCACGAUGCUUUAUCAGGGCACACUUCAGCCAAUGUCGAGGAGGCAGUUGCCUACUCUGAGCAUGGUGCAACAAAGUGCAUUGGCAUGACGAUUGAGACGAGGCCAGAUUAUUGUCUUGGUCCUCAUCUACGCCAAAUGCUUUCGUAUGGGUGCACACGAUUGGAGAUUGGAGUUCAAAGCACAUAUGAGGAUGUUGCUCGAGACACUAAUAGAGGACACACGGUAGCUGCUGUGGCUGAUUGUUUUUGCUUGGCAAAGGAUGCUGGUUUUAAGAUCGUUGCUCAUAUGAUGCCUGAUCUUCCGAAUGUUGGGGUUGAGAGGGACUUGGAAAGUUUUCGGGAGUUCUUUGAGAGUCCUUCUUUUAGAGCUGAUGGGCUCAAAAUUUAUCCUACACUUGUAAUUCGUGGAACUGGGCUUUAUGAGCUAUGGAAAACUGGCAGCUAUAGAAAUUACCCACCUGAGCAACUUGUAGAUAUAGUAGCAAGGAUCCUAGCCAUGGUACCCCCUUGGACACGUGUUUAUAGGGUUCAACGGGAUAUUCCUAUGCCUUUGGUUACAUCUGGAGUCGAGAAAGGAAAUCUUAGGGAGUUAGCUUUAGCUCGGAUGGAUGACUUAGGCCUGAAAUGUCGUGAUGUCCGUACACGUGAGGCUGGAAUCCAGGACAUUCAUCACAAGAUUAAGCCAGAAGAAGUUCAGCUUGUUCGGCGUGAUUAUACCGCCAACGAAGGCUGGGAAACAUUUCUUUCCUAUGAGGAUACACACCAGGAUAUUCUUGUUGGGUUACUGCGCUUACGAAAAUGUGGCCGCAAUGUUACUUGCCCUGAGCUUAUGGGGAGGUGCUCUAUUGUCCGUGAACUCCAUGUAUACGGAACUGCAGUUCCUGUUCAUGGGCGGGAUGCAGAGAAGCUGCAACACCAGGGUUAUGGUACACUUUUGAUGGAAGAGGCAGAACAGAUUGCUCGCAAGGAGCAUAGAUCAACCAAAAUAGCUGUCAUUUCAGGUGUAGGAACCCGUCAUUACUAUAGAAAAUUGGGCUAUGAGCUUGAAGGGCCAUACAUGGUGAAAUCUCUUUCUUGA